AUGUACAACGAGAUAGAGGGAAAUUACGAUGACGUCACCAUCAGUACAUUCAAGAGAGGUCUGCCGACAGAGCACGGUUUGAGGAAGUCCCUGACUGGGAAACUAGUCACCAGCGUGCGCCAACUCAUAAACCGAAUUGACAAGUACAAGAGAGUCGAAGAGGACCAACAGACGAGAAAUGGCAAAGCGAAGGUUUUCCCUCAAGAGAGGAGGGACUUCAGGUUUGACCGAUUUAACAGCAGUAGCCGACCGAGAAGAGAAUACUCGGAGCAGUCAGUAUCCACCGGGGCACAGGCAGUCCAUGCUGUGUUCCAAGAACCACUACAUAGGAUCUUAGAGAAAAUCAAGAACGAACCGUUCUUUCAAUGGCCAAGUAAAAUGGCAGGCGACCCUACAAAACGUAACCAAAACCUGUAUUGCGAAUACCACCAAGAACCGAGCCAUCCCACCAAUGACUGCAGAAACCUGAAAAACUACUUGGACCGGUUGGUCCGAGAGGGAAAUCUUAGGCACCUCUUGCAUCAUCCCAUUGGACAACAAGAGCAGACAAGUGUCAAGGCAAGGCAAGGCACCCUAAGACCGCCCAUUGGCACGAUAAAUGUCAUUCUUGCUGCUCUAGGAAGAACCGGCUCCCAUCCUACCAGAGUGAUGUCAGUGGCUCGACUCCCCGCUGGAACUGACGACCGGGAGUCUAAGAGGGCCAAAGGGAUGGCAUCGCCCAUACUCAAAUUCUCAUAUGAGGAUAAAGUUGGAACCAUCCAGCCCCAUGACGAUGCUCUAGUCGUCACACUCAGGAUUGGGGGAUAUGACGUGAAGAGAAUGCUAGUUGAUCAGGGCAGCGCCGUGGAGGUAAUGUACCCCGACUAG